AUGAUGCCGGUGUUGACGGUGCGUGAGCUAAGUGGACUUUAUUGUGAGGACGAGACUGUGGAGGUGGACCAAGUAUACCGUUGGUCAGAGAUGGAGGAUUCGGACGCAAAGGGUACACGGGUGCCAUCGGAAAUUGUGGAGGUGGAGGGUAAGGGGAAUAGCCAUAAGGCAUCAGCCAUUGUGGAGCUCCAUACGGCCAGCGACUAG